UCUUCCAUCAAAAUCCUCACUCAACCUGGCCAUCGUUUGCGCUCCCAAUCCGCCACUGAAAAUCGAUCUCACGAUUGGUCUUUUUAUUCUUGGGAAUUGAAGAUGGAGAAGCUGAAGAUUUUGACUCUUAUAUUCCAAGGCAAAUAGAACGGAGUCGAAUGAAGUAGUUGCGGUAGAGGUCCGACUUGAGCGGUCGUAAUCGAUUCCUCUGCUGUGGCGCUGUUUUAUCCUCUCAAUUGUGGUAAUCUUUUGUCUUUCUUCACCGGAGAGUCGUUCUGCUUCGCGGUCGGAAAGUUCUCCCCCAUCCCUUGCAGCUUCUCCUCAUUUGGCUAUUGUAUUUUGACGUAAAUGUCGGGUAGACUUUUCAGGCACUGUUCAUUAGUGGCAUCCACUUUCCUCUUUGUGACUGGGCAAUCUCCAAACCAUUGCCUUCAUUCGCCCACGUGCCUAGCUUCCCCUCUCACACAAAUGCCCACUCCUCCUUAUUACCCCACUCGCCAAUAAAAGACCUUUGGAUCCAGCCUUUCUUCAUCAGUUACUCAUCAAAACUCUAAUUUCCAGGAAACAAUUCAUUAGUUCUCAACAAAGGAUCCUCACUCGCCACUUUACCUUCUCUUCCUUCUUCUGAUUUCUCUCCUGCCAUAAGCAACCUUCUGCUUCAUCUUAUCUUCUCCUCCAUACCACACAAACUUUCCCUUUUGUUCGUCGGUUCAGAACCUCUCUCCCCUUUCCAUCUACUUCCGAUGACUUUUUCCCCAAUCCCCACACACUAUCUUGCCGCUUCGCCGACCCGAGAUCCACGGAAUCCCACCAGAACCUUCUGUUUAGAGAAAAUCCUCCCAUACCCUACACACUCUCGGCAGAAUACUGCCUUCCCUCUCCUGCAUCGUUUCAAUUGCCCUCUCCCAAAGCUCGAUUCUGAACCCCCGUGCUUCGUUUGGCCGUUACCCCACCAAAACUGUAGCUGCCUUUCAAUCGACCACUUUUCAGCUAAUGCCCCGCAACGGCGUGACGGGAAGGAGAGUAGUUGAUGUGGAGGAAGAAGUUGAGGUGGAGAAGGCGGCGGCGGCGGAGGUACAUCGAUCGCUCUCGCCCUUUUCGGCAAAAACCCAGGAAAGCUAUGGACAACACUCUACUCGACCUCCCAAAGCUGAAGCGCCACAUCUACGCUGUCUUCUUCUGCCUCAAAACCGGUCUCAACCUCUACAUCCAGCUCUCUUCAAAUUCAUUUACUUUGUACAGGCCUCCCAAGGCACCAACAAGGUCCCAAGCCUUGCAGCCUCAAUCUGUGAAGUUCUUGGGUUGGUUUAACUGUGGGGCUCUUACUGGUUUUCCAUGCAACAUCCAUCAUUCUCUCUCGAUUGCUUUCUUUGGAGUUGGGGAUGGGCAAUGGGAUGCAAUGAAACAGUUUGGUGAUAACAUUCCUGCAUUUGACAACUUGCAGUUGCAGAUUCCCUUACGUUUCCCUUUUGUUGCAGCUGCCAUAUCCUCCUCUUGA